CAGGUUAGGACUAGGCUCCAUUAGUCUCCCUCCAUCGUUUGUGCGCUCUCUUCCCAGUGCCAAUCACGUCACUAAUUGGGGGGUGGAGUGGGCAUCUGGUAGGCCACCUAAAUGCCGUAGAGGUAGGCGUGUAGAUAUAUAUAUAGACACCUGGGGUCCUUAUGCCGGUAUGUUAUCACUCUGCUGCUGGCACUGGUGUGAGGAAGCAGUGAUGUGGGUGCUGUCUCGAACUACAAAGUGUGUAUGGGGAAGCAGACGCUGAUUGAACCGCGGUGUACCAGUGUUUUGCGUGAUCAUUUCCAUGGACAAGCACCCGCUGGGUAUUGUGGCUGUCGUUGGGUACCUGCUAUAAACGUAGCGUUCCUUGCAUCCGGUAACGUGAGCGGCAGACUGUUUAACUGCAACCAGCAUUUGGAGUGUUGCUGUUGCUGUUCUCUACACGUAUGAUUGUGGUGGUGAUUAUUGUUUAACUAGAUUUUGGUUUGUUUUUCCUCUAGCCUGUUGAUCGUAACGAGUAUUGUAGUGAGAGUGCAGUUAUUGUACAUCACAGGCUAGAGUGGUUUCAUCAUUCCUUUGUUUUGUCCCCCCUCCCUCUCGUGUAGCCAGCCUCGGUGGUGGUGGAGCCAGGGUAGCAUACAGGGCCCUUCUGAGAAGGCAAUCUCCCUAGUUCCCCCUCUUGCACUUAAUGUAUAGCUUAGACGUGUGACAGGAAGUUGCUGUGAAGCAUGAAGUCUUAAGUCCUUAAAUUAAGUUUAUCAGAGUGACAUUUAGUUGCAGUGUGUCUAUAGACAGUGAUCACGUGUGAUUGGGACCCUAACCCUUCUAGUUGUGGUUCUCAUUGUCUUCUCUGGCUCCUGUGCCGUUAGCUUGGCGAUUCCCCACUGUAUUCCCUUGUUAUUUAUUUUACUGUUGACCAACCAAACCAACACUUUAAUACCAUGUAUUAAUAAAAAAGACUAUUUUUAUACUUUUCCAAGAACCUGUGUCUGUACGGAUUAUUGAGACAGAGUUCCCCUUGCUCUGGCCUUAGCACAGACAAACUGAGAUCAAGGGGUGGCGUAGUCAGCUGUACACUAGGGGGCGCUACAUUUUGGCGUAGUCGGCAGGACGCUUUUGUUAAUCUUUGAAGUGUUGUUGGUUGGUCACAGUGAGCAGCACCGUGGGUGUUUGUGUUGGGGUGUGUGUGUGUGUGUUUGAGUGUAGAGAACAGCAACUGGCAACAUGAGUGACCUGGAGGACAACGAUAGAGGUUCCGAGGCACAGCAGCUGCAGCAGCUACGGCAACAGGUGGCACAGCUACAAGCUGAAAACAAUAGACUGUCAGGUGCACAAGGAGUUGAGGAUGCUGGUCCCCUGCCAGUGCGAAGAGAACAGGCACUCUAUCUGCCCAGAGAGAGACGGUGCCCUAAGUUCUCUGGCUCCCGAACAGCUGGGACCCUUUCUAUUGAGGAGUGGACUGAAGAAGCACAGAGCUGCAUUAGGUCAAGGUACAUGUCCGAUCUGGAGAAGGCAAUGUUUUUGUAUGAUCACUUAGAGGGCGAAGCCCGAAGCGAGAUCAAAUAUAGACCUGUUACUGUUAGAGAAAACCCUACAGAAAUGAUUUCAGUCUUAAAAGAGGUGUAUGGAUGUUCUAAAUCAUACGUAUAUUGGCAGCAGCGCUUCUUUGAUCGGAAGCAAAAAGAAACUGAGUCUUUGUUUGAGUUUUCCCACGCAUUAAUGGACCUUAUGGCAAAGGUGAAACAGUCCAAACAGGAUUCAAUUGCUAAUGCAGACAUGGUCCUAAGAGAUCAAUUUUGUGAGAAUGUGCGGGAUCCGAUGUUAAGAAGGGAACUUAAAAGAAAGGUACGGGCUCAUGAGGGUUCUUCUCUGCUCGAUGUAAGACAGGAAGCCACUAGGUGGGUGGAGGAGGGACAGACAAGUCGCGAGAGGACUUCUAGCGCCCCGGGACGUAGAAGUGAAGCAUCUUAUACGUCUCAGUGUGACGCCACCGCUGCUCAACCCUCCGAGAUGGCAGAGUUAAAAGAAAUAGUUUUGAAACAACAAGCCCAACUAGAUAUGCUGGUCCAACAUCUAGGGCAGCCUACCAGUAAAUCUCGCGCCCCGCAGCCAUAUAGGGAGGGCCGCUUUAAGCGUGCCCUGGACGGUCAGCCUAUCUGUAUUAGAUGUGAGCAACCUGGACAUAUAGCCCGGUACUGUCAGUCUGCCCCCCCCUUCUAG